AUGUCGGUUCAGAUCUUGAAAGACCAGGCCACCGAGGAAAGGGGUGAAAAUGCUCGUAUGUCCGCUUUUGUUGGUGCCAUCGCAGUUGGUGACUUAGUCAAAUCAACAUUGGGUCCAAAGGGUAUGGACAAGUUAUUACAAAGUGCCAGCGACCCAAAUAAGGCUCUUGUUACCAAUGAUGGUGCUACUAUUUUGAAGUCUAUCCCUUUAGAUAACCCCGCUGCUAAAGUUUUGGUAAAUAUUGCUAAAGUGCAAGAUGAUGAAGUUGGUGAUGGAACUACAUCUGUUACAGUUCUAAGUGCUGAAUUGUUAAAAGAAGCUGAAAAAUUAAUCGAACGUAAGAUUCAUCCACAGACAAUCAUUGAAGGUUAUAGAAUUGCUCGUAACGUCGCUGUCGAAGCGUUAACCAAGAUCUCAGUUGAUAAUGCAAGCAACCCUGAAAGCUUUAGAAAUGACCUUUUAGAUAUUGCAAGAACAACUUUGUCUUCAAAGAUCUUGUCUCAAGAUAGAGAACAUUUUGCCAAGUUGGCUGUGGAUGCUAUACUCAGAUUGAAGGGAUCAACCAACUUGAAUCAUAUUCAGGUCAUCAAAAAGUCAGGUGGGAAAUUAGCUGAUUCAUUUUUAGAUGAAGGGUUUAUUUUGGAGAAGAGAUUUGGUAUUAACCAAAUUAAAAAGGUUGAAAAUGCUAAAAUAUUGAUUGCAAAUACCUCUAUGGAUACAGACAAGGUGAAGAUUUUUGGUGCUAAGUUUAAAGUUGAUUCUACAUCCAAGUUAGCUGAGUUGGAGAAAGCAGAAAAGGCCAAAAUGAAGGCAAAGGUAGAGAAGAUCAAAAACUUUGGUAUAAAUGUUUUCAUUAACAGACAAUUGAUCUAUGAUUACCCUGAACAAUUGUUUACAGAUUCCAAGAUAAACUCUAUAGAACAUGCUGACUUUGACGGUGUUGAGAGAUUAGCAUUGGUUACUGGUGGUGAAGUUGUAUCUACUUUUGAUAACCCUGAAAAGGUCAAAUUAGGUUACUGUGAGAAGAUCGAGGAAAUAAUGAUUGGUGAAGAAGUUAUGACAAAGUUUUCAGGCGUUGCUGCUGGUGAGGCCUGUACCAUUGUGUUAAGAGGUGCUACUGAGCAAGUACUCGACGAAGCCGAAAGAUCUUUGCAUGACGCAUUGUCAGUUUUAUCACAAACUACCAGAGAAACUAGAACAUGUUUGGGUGGAGGAUGUUCUGAAAUGAAUAUGUCAAAGGCCGUAGACCAAGCUGCUGCAAACGAGGACGGAAAGAAGUCAUUGGCCGUGGAAGCCUUUGCAAAAGCUUUAAGACAAUUGCCAAUUAUAUUGGCAGACAAUGCAGGGUAUGAUUCUGCAGAAUUAGUUACUAAAUUAAGAUCUGCAAUUUACAACGGUAUGACCACCUCUGGUUUAAACUUGAAUAAGGGUAUUGUGGCCGAUAUGAGGGAGUUAGGUGUGGUUGAGUCGUACAAAUUGAAGCGGGCAGUUGUAUCUUCUGCAGCUGAAGCUGCUGAAGUGUUGUUGAGAGUGGAUAACAUCCUUCGGGCGAAGCCACGGACUGCAGACAGAAACAGGCACUAA